AGAUUAGGUACUGUAGUCGGUUUCAGACGAUGCACCGUCACGGCGUCAUCAAGAGACAAAAUAACUACUGUCAGAGCAUAUGUAUAUGUACGAGUUUACGACUAUCGACAAGUCGCGCACAUCUUACUGAAGAUCACAACGGGACAGCACGUCAACACUUUUAUAAUAUUGUAAUUUGUAAUCAUAAAAAAAUUUCAUCGUAAAUAUUAAUUUUUCAUUAAUGUGUCACGACUAUAUAAGUUUACGGGUUAUACCUUUGCCGUGAAGUGGAGUUUUGAUACUUUGAUAAGUUUAACUUAAAUAUAUAUAAUGUAUAAAAAAAAACAAUAUUCUGAUCAAAUAUACAAAUAUUUAGAAAAAUAAUAUUAAAAAUAGAGUAUCCGUUAAGGAAGGUUUCACUGUAUUCAUUUAUUCAUAUUAAUUUUGUAGUCGAAAACAGGCAUUCUUGAAUUUAACAAUAUUCAGGAGUGGUAAGAGGCUAUCACCGCUUGGUAAUCCUUUGGAUCCAUGCUUGCAAUAAAUAUAAAUAUCAAACCUUGAGUUUUAAGACACCAUUAGUCGAUAUUGAAUAUCCAGCAAACUAAAAAUCUUCACGGAUAUGGAGGAACAUACUACUAGUACUAUGGAUAUGAAUAAUUUACGACGAAUUACAAGCAUGAUUCAAAAUUAUUCAGUAUCAUGUCCAGAAAAACCAGACAAGCGGUAUUUAUUUCAAAUCAAAGUGUAUUGGCUGUCAAUAGUUACUUUACUUAGUGUAUUGGUUACCUUUGUAUUUUGUGUUUUAUGGACUAUACUUUUUAAAUUGGAUGACGCUACAUCAACACACUGUGGCUAUCGAGUUAAAAAUUACUUGCCAACAAUAUCAACUGCUGUGGGAAACUAUCCAGUACAGCGAUUUAUUUGGACUUUAGUCAUAAUCGCUCAUAGUCCAAUAAGAUUUAUUGUGGUUGGUAUAUAUUACCAGUACUACACUAAUAUAAUUAAACCAUCAUUACACUGGUGUGUGGUAUUAUUAAGAUUUUUAUCCACUGUUGAAGUAUGCUCAUUAGUUGUAUUAUCAAUAUUUACUUCGUCAGAUUAUUACAGUAUUCAUGAAAAAAGUUUUGUCACUUUUAUCUGUGCUUCUGAACUUAACAUGGUUAUUUCAUCUAUUUUAUUGAAAAAAGGACGUAUUACCAGAACACUUAUGACAAAAUUAGAAGUGCGGUCAUUAAAAUAUAAAAUAAUUUUUACUUUAUUCAAUAUGACCAGUUUUGCAAUUGCUGGAUAUUGUUUUCUGCGACAUAAUGCUUAUUGUGAAUCUGGUGUAUAUACAUUUUUUGCUCUCUUUGAGUAUUUAGUUGUGUUGAGCAAUAUGACAUUCCAUCUUACAGCAGUUUGGGAUCUGGCAGGUGUAUCAUUAGUGGUAGACGAUAAUUUAAACCUCACCUAUCGAUGACUGAAGUCUAAUUAUAUUUAGUAUAGUGCUAUGAGAUACAAAUAUCUUAUAUAUUGUUUGAUUAUAGGUCUACUAAAAUGUGAUAUUAAUACCAAAUCAAAUUAUAAAAACAUAAUUAAGAUAUGCUAAUUGUUUUGAUUUUUAUAUUAACAUAUAGGCUAUUGUAUAUUAGUUUGCAUACAAUAUUGGUAUCUGGUAUAGCACAAAACGUAUUUAAGAUUGUUAUUGUUUUAAAUAGUUGUUAAGUAUCACAGUUCUUAAUGUUUUAUUUUAUGAGUAUAUAUAUUUUUUUAA